AUGGAUAAUUCAAACAGGCAAAAUCGAUUUCGGCACAAGACUCGCUUGUCGGCCCUCGGGUGGGCUACCAGUUUGGCCGCGGAGAUGGCCCAGAAGCAGGUAAUUUCAGCUCGCGAAAUGAUGCGGAUCCGAGGUGUCUACGCCUACAUUAUAAAUUCUAUCGGCAACGUGGCCGCCGUCAUAGGCUUUCAUACAUUGACAGUUUCUGUGUUCGAGGAUCAGGACGACGAGACUCCAAUCAAAGGCUUUCUCCGCGUCGACCGCUGGGUGUAUCCAAUGUUGCGUUCAUUUUCUCCUAUUUUUUGCUGGGGUCCGGAUAAAAUCAUCUUACCCGAUCCAUUUUCGUCUGUCGGAAGGCCGAUAUACUUUGUAGUCAGACUGCCACUGUUGAUGACGCAUCAUCAAAAGUCGACCCUCUGGAACCUGUUGGAUACGUGUGCACACCUCCGAGGUCAACUGUCAAGUCCGUCAUUGCAAGAGCAAUUGAAUAGGGACAAAAAAUUUAUUCACGCCAUGGUGACCCCUUUUGACAACCUUAUACUCAAUCAGCGCGCCUUCUUGCCCAGUGCUGAGGCUGCCGGAUUGUUGGAGGAACUGGGUGAGCCUCGACUGGCCUUCCGACGACAGGCUCUUGAAUUCGAUGACACUGCUACUAGCGUAGUCGUGCCGCCCGACCUAAGUCGGCCUUCAUCCGAGACCGAAUUCAUGAACCUGCCAAAAGCUGAGUCGGGUGCCAGUUCUACUCGGAUGCAGCAGCCUCGCCGGCAGUCUCCAUUACCAAAGUUCAGUCAUAAAGAGUUCUACUACAAUGACGCCUGUUUGCGUCAACCCGAAGAAGAGCUGAUUAGCAAUCCGGGCGGCCUGUCGCUAAAGUCGCUACCACAGCACCGGGGAAAUGUGAUGCGCCUUUACCUGCUCGGGCCCAGAGACAAACAACAUAUUCAGGUUUGCCUCAUCUCAGCCGAACUCUUCGGCGUAGACUUUUUUUACGUUGCGUUUACAAGCAUAAAUUCCAGCCUAAGCGUCUGA